AUGACAAUUUUGGAAUCAUGUUGGUCUCCAAUUAUUUGGACGAAUAAUAUUAAAGCGGGGAGUAAAGCAAUUGCUUUUUACACUGCGGCAAUGAGUAUUAUAUUGAUAACACUAAUUAUUUAUCAAAUGUGCGGAGGAGAUUCUACUCAACUAUACAAUCCGCUUUUUGAAGCCGAUUCCAGAUAUUCCCUGCAAGUAGUAGGAUCAUUUUUCAUCGCUUUCUUCGUUUUGUUGAUUAUUUUUGCAAGAUUUAUUGUGAUUGGUAUUAAUCACCGCGUGAGAGGAUGGUUAUUACCUUGGCUUGUUGCCUGGUUUAUUUUCUGUGCCUUUCAAUUAGUAUUUGGACUAUGGUUAUUAGGAGGAUAUUAUAUUUAUCUUCAAGUUGUUUUGCCGACAAUGAUCAAUUGGCUUUGGAUGGGAUACAACGUAAGUAAAUAUAAUUUGAGCUUCGUAAUAAGAACAAUUACCAAAAUAUUAAUGAAGAAAUAUACUAAAAUAUAUAUUUUAUUUUUUUUUUUUUUUCAGUUUUACUGUUGGCUAUGUGUCCUAUCGGUUUACAAACUCUUCCAGCAGAUACAGUCACCCAAUAUUGAAUUACUGUGGCCGUAA